AUGUCAGAUGACGGUAUCUUUUACUUCUUCUGCCAAGCCGAACGGCCUUCCCAUCGAACUGCAUCAAACGUGCUUCGCGGGGUUAUAUGGCUUUUCGUUAGCAAGCGACCGGGUUUGAAGUCCUAUAUUCGCAAGGAAUACGAUCAAGCUGGUUCAAAUAUCUUCACCGAUCAUAACGCUUGGUAUGCAUUAUCAGGGAUCCUUUCCGCUAUCCUCGAAGAUGAGACAUCUGCGGAUUGUGUCAUCAUUAUUGAUGCUUUGGAUGAGUGCACCGAGGGUCGCGAAAAACUUAUUGGCUAUAUCAGCCAGUGUUCAAUGUCCUAUAGGGCCAAAUGGGUCAUAUCCAGCCGCAAUUGGGAUGAGAUAAAAUCGCAGCUUGAUGCAGCGCCAAGUCAAGUUCGAUUACAUCUGGAACUCAGCCAUGAUUCAAUCUCACAUGCUGUCCUCAGAUUCGUUGAUACCAAGAUCGACGGGCUCAAUUCAACAUACGACCAGCCUAGCCGAGAGCUUAUCCGCAAACAUCUGCUCAAUAAGGCGAAGGACACAUUUCUUUGGCUUGCUUUGGUUUGUCAAGAACUGGAAAAUUCCACUGUUAAGCGCCGCCACAUUUCCAGCAUCUUAGAGUGCUUCCCCCCUGGACUGAACGAGCUAUACAAAAGGAUGAUUAGCCACAUCAACAUUAGAGACUUUGAUUGGUGCAAAGCCAUCCUUAACGUGGUAGCUGUUGCUCUAAGGCCUCUUAGUCUACAAGAGCUAGCCGCAGCUGACGAAACUCUGACUCAGUGGAUCGAAGAUAAGGAAACCCUAUCAAGCCUUGUCACAUCUUGUGGCUCCCUCCUAACAAUACGAGGCGAUACAGUCUACACUGUCCAUCAGUCAGUCAACGAUUUCUUACAUAAGGCACCCCAGAUCUUGCCAUCAGGUGUAGGAUACCAACAUUACUCUAUCUUCCUCAGUAGCAUGAAUGUCAUGCGUGAGAGGCUCCAUCGAAAUCUCUGCAAACUCAAAGACAGUUGCGUUUUGAUCGAUGAGAUAGAUAUUUUGGAAGAUUCCUCUCUGACGAUUGUUGCAUAUGCCUGUGUCUAUUGGGUUGAUCACUUCUGUGCAUGGCUUCUGAUUGAUAACCGACAUCAAAGAAACUUAUGUUAUGCGACAAUCACCUCUUUCUUUAAGAAGAAAUAUCUUUACUGGCUUGAGGCUAUGAGCCUGUUGGGAUGUACCUCAGAGGCAAUCAAGGCAAUGCAGAAACUUGAUAAAGCGUUGAAUGGUAGAGUACCUGAUGAGCUGAAGCUUCUGGUCAAUGACGCUGUACGUUUCGGUUCUAAGCACAGAGCCAUAAUGGAUGCUGCACCACUUCAGCUCUAUGGCUCAGCUCUGAUAUUCACGCCCCAACUCAGCAAGAUCAAAGGAUCCUUUAAUCAAGAAAUCAGCCAAUCUAUAGGUGUAUUAUCCCCCAACUUCCAACAUUGGGACGCCUGCCUCCAGACUAUUCCGGGAAUAGCAAGUCCUGACAACGGCUCAUUCACAUGCAAAUUUUCGCCUGAUGGUCGACAAAUUGCCACGAUUAGCAGCAAUGAAGACAGUUUGCUAUUGAUUGAUGCGUCUACUGGUGGACUUAUUAGGUCAAUUAAACCUUCUGAAGCUCAUCUGUUUGCAUUUACAUUCCAUCCCAGCGGACAUUCACUAGUCACAUUUUCUGGCUACAUAGAAGACGAACAAAAACUCACUGUCUUCCAUCUUCCUAACGGGGAAGAAAGUGCAUCUUUUGCCGUUUAUGGCCAGCCAUUCUGUCCAUCCUUCUCUCUUGACGGAGAAUUCAUUGCAUUUGCAUCCGACCUCCAAAAUGUCGAAAUUUGGAAUGUGGCGAGCCAAACAAAAGUGGAUGGCUGCCACGCGGUUACAGUACGAGGUAUCCAAUAUAUUUCCUGGAUUAGUAUUCAUUCACAUCCACGGGCUCUCUUAAUUGUCGGCCGAAUGGGUAUUUCUAUUUGGGGUCUUGAUAAGAAACAUCAAAUGUCGAAACUAAUGUCCUUGACGGGCAUAACAUUUCCUAACGCUGCCGCGGUUAGCCAUGAUCGGACAUGCUGUGCUGUAGUGCAUGAAUGGAAGGAGGUCGUAUUGUACUCUUGGGGUUCAUGCAUAACCUUGCAUAAGAUUGUGCAAUUUGACCGAAUGAAGCGCAUAGAUGGUGUGUCAUGGGUGGCCGAUGACCGUUUGAUAGCCCUUUGUGGUGUUUUCGGCAUCGAAAUAUGGGAUUUAGGAACUAAAGGACUGGUAGCGCAGGUACGAGGCGAUCAUGUCAGUACAAUAUUCUAUGGAAGACAUGGCCGGCUUGCUUCGCUCGGGUUUGAAAACGGCACUCUCAAGGUAUGGAGCCUGGACUCGAUCUUAACACAUUCAGAGCCUUUCACCCAACAAUCGGUCGGCAUAGUCGAGCCAUUUAUCACAUCGCCAAGUGGUAAGGUCGCUAUAUUCGAUGGAAUGCUCAACACGUUGAGCAUAGCAGUAGAUUGCAGCCUUCACCAUCUCCCACAGACACUUCAAAAUUCGACACCUGGGUCAUAUUCCAUAAGUAGAUCACUAGCAUUCAGUCACGAAGACUCCUUUGCUAUGGCCACCAACGGUGGUUUUAUUGAUGUUUUUAACUUCGACCACGAUACGGGCCUUUACUACUGCGAGCGGCGGAUUGAAGAGCCUUUGAUUCAAGGGCUCGAUGGGAUGCCCCAUGUGACCAUACAGUUCUGGGGACAAGGCCUGAUUAUAGGCUAUGGUCCUUCUAUGAAUUUCUGGGACCUCAAGACAGGCAAACUUCUGCAGAGGUUAUCUAUCCCAGAUCGGUGGAGAUACUGUACAUCCACUAUUGCAGCCGACGGUCGAGUCGCUUGGGUUGAAGAAUGUUUUGAGGUAGUGAUAUGGGACGUCAUGCGUGAUAAGGAAAUCCAGCGUUUUGAAGCACACAUUCAAUCACGCGAUUGUCGUGAAAUUCUGGAUAUUUCUCUAGAUUCUAGUGGUGUUCUUGCGAUAUAUGUCCAGGUAACCGGCCAGGAAUAUAUAGCCAUUGGAAAUACGAAUGGUACCUGGAUUGGGAAGUACUCUCUAUUUGGCAACGUUCCAACUUUGAGCUUUUUAACCCCCACACUACUCGACACAGGUUUUGGUGUCCUCAAAUACGACAUGCCAACUGUGACUGCAGAGGAUCACUGGGACCCGCGUUACCUCAGGCUAUUCUUCUCAAAGUCCGAGGCCUGGCUUAUGAAAGGUUCUAGGAGGAUACUGUGGAUUCCUCGCCAGGAUGUUGAUCCCGAACGGUUCUCCAUUCAGACAGACUUGGGGACAGGAAAAUCGACGGUUACACUAGUGCAUGACGGGUGUGUGUUUAUACUGAGUAUCAAGAUAGAUUCUAUAUAG